AUGACUGCUGUGCGAGGCCCGCGUCUCCAGGUCGGGUCCGCGGCGUGGGUGGGCGAAGAGCGAGCAUCUGCGCUGGAGAUUGUGCAAUCAGAAGUAGAGGAGUUCUCUUAUUCUGCCCACAAUGAGGUUGAAUGGCUUAAUGAGCACAUGGCUGCAAUCUUGAACGAGAACGAAGUUAAUAUCACAGAAGCAUUUAAAACUCCUGGUAAACUUAGGGGCAAAACACCCCAUACGACUCGGAAGGUCAAUGCAGCCGAGGCGCGAGUGCCUCUAUCCGAUGUAUUUAGAGCAGCAUCCCCUAGUGUUUCGAAAAGCCAGCCCUUGUCACAUACCACCCGUCCCCAUCCUCCUCAGCUACAUCAGGUCGCGUCGAAGGCAGUACCACUAGUCACGAACCCCGUCUCUCCUCAGCGACAAGUUUUCUCCCCCUCGCGACCGCUUCCUCCUCCUCGAGCCCUGCAGGAUUCUGGCUAUUAUGGGAGCCAAGAUUUCAUUGCCACGGAUCCUAGCGAAAAUGCGGAGCCCGAAGACUUUGCAAAUCCCUACAGCGAUAUCGUAUUACCCCCUGGCGGAUCUUCAGUAAGGCGAAGCCCGGUCCGAAAAAUUGUUUCAGUGUCUCCGACAAAGAGCUUUCCAACAACGAAAGAGGACUCAACAACACAUAUUCUGCCAGAUGUACCAUAUGAUGCGACACAGGACGAACCAGAGUCGCCAGCCAAAGAAUUCGAUGCGGAUGAGCCAUCUUCUGAAGCGCCCGGGUCAAGCCCGAUUAGGCCCGUUGUUCGAAAAAGUAGCUUGAAUUUUGCUUCGUUGCCAGCCCGGGAACCUCUUACCUCGGGCAAAAGCCUUGGUGCGCGACAGUCUCGGAACAGCCAUGUCGAUACCGGGAACAGUAGCAGGACAAGCUACUACCAGAGACAGACUGGCGGCAAAAGCCUCGGAAACCUCGCUAAACACGACUCAACACACGAGGACAAAGCCAAUGGCAUGGAAGUGGAAGCAGAGGACGCUUACCCCGCCUAUGAAGCCCCUGAGGCUGAUCGACCUGGCGUGAAUCAUACGAAGACAUAUACGCAGAGACUGCAAGAUCAAAUCAGCAUGCUGAGCAAGCCGCAAGGAAGCUUUGGACAAACCAAGCAGACAUCUAAUGCGGCAGCGGCACAGCAAGAUCCAGUCCAAGCACAGGCCGUUACGAGCCCAAAGGCGGCUUCUCCCGAGAAGGAGCCGUCAUCAUCUUCAUCAACUAUGCCGACUGAUUCCUCUGCCUUGGCGAGAGAGACUGCUCCUCUAUCUAAGGCAAUUUCCAUAUCAAAUCCCGGUCUGGCAUUUUCUCACGAUGAGUUGGCUGACACCCCUUCUAAAUCACCCACUCGGGGCUUCCGGGAUAGCCCACUAAAGCAAGUCAAGAGCAAGCUGUCGUCUAUUUUGAAGAGCUCUCGCGGUCUACUUGCUACCAACGCUGAAGGGAAGUCCCUAAUGUCGCCAUCAUCCACCCGUCUAGCGUUGCAUGCGGGACCAUCUUCGGAGUCUAUCGCUCUGAAGCCCCAGGAGAUCGAAUCUCAACCUACCGAGCCCGUGAGCCCAACAAAGCCGGUUGCACGUCGCACUAGGGCAUCUACAGAACGAGAGAAAGAGCAGAAGCGCCGAGAGAAUGAAGUUAAACGCAUGGAAGAGCAGAUGGAUAAACUUGACAAGGCACGAGAGAAAGAGCGAGAAAAGGCUCGAGCAUUCACCCAAGAGCAAGAGAAGGUGGCUACUAUGGAGAAGGAAAUCGCUGCCAAGAGACAAGACGAGAGGCUGGCAAUCAAGGCAACUCCUAAUCCCUCCAAGACUGGCCCGCCCAGUCCUCGCAAGAUGAGAGCUGGCGAGGCGUCUCAGUCCAGACAGAUGGAUCAAGACACCGAUAUGUCUGACGCCCAGCCUCCCAUGCCUCCCCCUUCCUCUACUAAACCGACCCUGCCCGGCCGCGGCAAGGAUAUCAAGCGACCAGUGAAGCCAGUGAAAGAUUCAGCCUCAAAAAUAAAAGCCCCCCCUACCGUUAUUAGGGUCAACACCGGCUCACAACACUCGCAAUACCAGCCUGCUGGCAGCCGAGUAUCUACCGCGUCUCAUGAUACCUUGAACUCUACCCAUUCGACAGCCUCAUCAAAAACCAGCAAGUCGUCUUACCAGGCCAAAUCUUCGGUGCCCAAGGCUACCUCUUCUGCUAGCCGAUCCAAAGCAACAGAAUUGGCUGCCAGGAAAAAGGAGCAAGAUGAAAGGGAAUCGCAGCGACGACGGGAGGCAAAGGCAGAAAUGGAGAGAAAGCGAAUUGCAGCACAAGAGGAGCAGCGAAAACAAGACCAACAGCGGCGCCUUGAGCUGGAGCGGCAGAAACAGCAGGAAGAAGAGAAGAAAAGGCAGGCUGCUAUUGAAAAGGCUAAACAGACCAGAGCUCCGCCCCCGGCAGUACGGCCACAGCCAAACGGCCCACCAGAUUCAACCUUGGCUCAGCAGAGGUCGGCAUUUUCAAAAGCUGAGGGUCAGCCUGCUCGACCGCCCUCCCGCUUGGCCAGCAUGCGCGAUGAUCCAAGCAGACCUGCUAGUGCCCUAUCAAACGCUGCCAAAGCGGGUGCAAAACGCACCCUAGUGCCAGAGACGAGUGAUGAUACGUAUUCAAGACCCCCGCCCUCUCGAGGCGGGCCAGCAUACCAGACCAAGGAUUCUAAGCGGCGCCGGACCAGUGAACAUGGUGAUGAUGAGUCAGAGGUGGACAAUGCUCCUAAGAUUAAAGGCCCACCAGUGAGGCCUUCAACGGGAUUCAAGAAGGACCUGCCAACGAAAUCUGCCUUCCAGAAUGGAUAUCCAGCCGCCCCUCCCAGCGCGACUCGAGAUUUGUUCAAGGCUGCCGUCACAAGCCAGCACAGCAGCCAUAUCAAAGCAGCCCACCCUCUUGAUAUGGCCCAGAUCUCAAAGGGCCCGAUUCCCUUUGCGCCAGGCUCAACUGCUGCUGGACCUUCUCACAAGACACCAGCCCGUCCGGGACAGUUGGCCAGUAUCAAGGGGAGUGUGAGGAAGGCUUCGCCGCGGUUUCAAAACGGUGAUUCGAUUGAGCUUCCCGAGAUUCAGACUGAUGAUGAUGACGACGACGAUGAUGAAGCUCAAGGAAUGAACGUGGCUGCGUGGGCUGACUCUCCGGACUUGCGGCGGGCUCUCAUGGCGCAAGAGUCGAUGGACCCAUCGCAGAUUUUUGGUCCACCGGCGCCCUUGAUCAUGGAGGAAGUUUUCAAUAAGAGCAAGGACAAGUGGCACAAGUUCCGCCAGAGGACGUCUAGUGCCAACUGGAGCGGCCUGGAUCGUUUGACUGAGGAUGACAUUCGAAAGGAUAUGGCGGCUCGUGACAAGCUGCGGCGAGAUGGAGGAUGGUCGUAUGAGAUGAGCAAGGAUAUGUUAUAA